UUAUCGAGUCAUGACUUCAGACCUCGGCUAAGGAGAUGGUAGGAGUGAGAAUGGAAAAACAAAAGUAGGUAAAAGUAAACAACAGCAUCAACCAUCAAGAAAUAGAAUCAAGAUAUAGCUCAUAUUGCAAUUCUCAUCCUUCACUCACAAUUUACAAACCUCGUCUCUUUCUGCCGCCGCGCCAUCUUCUACUGGAAUUAUGAGUAGCCGAUCAAGGAGGACUCUCUAUGUUGGUAAUCUUCCGGGAGAUAUCCGAGAGAGGGAAGUUGAAGAUUUGUUUUACAAGUAUGGACCUAUAGCUCACAUUGACUUGAAGAUUCCACCAAGACCCCCUGGUUAUGCAUUUGUUGAGUUUGAGGAGGCUCGUCAUGCACAAGAUGCUAUAGAUGGCCGUGAUGGCUAUGACUUUGAUGGGCAUCGUCUGCGGGUUGAACUUGCUCAUGGUGGGCGUGGGAACUCAUCAUCAACUGAUCGCUAUAGUAGUCAGAGUGGAGGACGCCGUGGUAUUUCCAAACAUACUGAGUAUCGUGUGCUGAUAUCUGGUUUGCCUUCCUCUGCUUCCUGGCAAGAUUUAAAGGAUCACAUGCGCAAGGCAGGAGAUGUUUGCUUUUCUCAAGUUUUUCGUGAUGGUGGUGGGACCACUGGGAUUGUAGAUUACACCAAUUAUGAGGACAUGAAGAAUGCUAUCAGGAAGCUUGAUGACUCAGAAUUUCGCAAUGCAUUCUCUCGGUCAUAUGUUCGCGUGAAGGAAUAUAAAGGAAGCCGGAGUCCCCCAUUUUCAAAGGGCAGGAGCAGAAGCCGCAGUCGAAGCAGGAGCCGCAGCCGAAGCCGUGGUCGUAGUUAUAGUAGGAGCAGAAGCCCAAGCAGGUCUCCAAAGAAGGCCUCACGCAGAUCACCUGUUAAAUCUCGUUCCCGAUCUGCUUCAUCCCGUUCUCGAUCAAGGUCUCGUUCUUUAUCAAGAUUUGCAUAUGUGCAGCAAUUUGGGGAUUGCAAUUAGGAUCUGGAUUUGUGCGGCAAUAUGGGGAUUGCAAAUUAGGAUCUGGAUGGGUUGUAUUUCAAAUGCCUCAACUCUUUUGGUUGUGGAGGUAUGCGGCUGUUUUUUUGAAUGGCAGCUUUGUGUACCUUCAUGGUCUGUUCUAAUACAUUCAGCAUCACAUGUCCAUGGGUGCUAGAUAUGGGACACAGAAGAUCAUGGAUUGCUUUAUUAAAGCUGGCAUACUGGGAACUAAUUGCUUACGGGAUAUUGGAGCUAUGUGGAUACUCUGGAUUUGGUCGUACAAUUUGGAAGGGCUUCAUGUCUAUUGAUGCAUUAUAUUUAGUAUGGUGCUGUUCUAAAAGGUUUACAUUUCCAUGUAGAAGCUUGUUUGCCGGGUUCGAAAGAUGUUAAGCUUUUAAUAUAUAUUAUCCCUGCUGCUAAAGAUGUUUAUUUCUUUUUGUUCCUCCUUGAGUAUGAAUGUGGUAACACUGUCGUGCAAGAGGAAUCAAGGCUUUUGGUUCAAGGUCUGAAAGAUUGUUGAGGACAUGUGGAUAUUAAAAUGCGUUGUUUCUGGAACUUUUGCAGAUCACGAUCAAGAUCCAGAUCACCUGUGCCUGCUGUAAG